AUGUUUUAUGAAACAGGCACCGAUCAUGGUCUCCCCUACGAUCCAUUCAAGGCCUGCGUAGUUCCUCGACCCAUUGGCUGGAUCUCAACUCGCUCAGCAACAGGCAUCGACAAUCUUGCGCCCUACAGUCAGUUUACUAAUCUAUCGUUCGACCCUCCAUAUGUCAUGUUCUCCUCAAAUCGAACACCUGAAGGCAAACGCAAGGACACCGUGGUUAAUGCCGAAAGCACUGGUUUCUUUGGCUGGAACCUGGCAACCUACAAACUACGAGAAGAAGUAAACAUCACAGCACAACAACUCGAUCCCUCAGAAGACGAAUUUACUCAGGCAAAACUUGAAAAAGAAGAAGCAAAGAAGAUCCCAGUCUCUCUGGUCAAGGAAAGCCCUGUGAGGUUUGAAUGUGCUUUUGAUAGGGUCAUAGAAUUACCUGGAAACCCACCUAUGGGAACAGUCGAUAUUGUAUUCGGCAAAGUCCUAGCCAUACACAUCGACGAUCAAGUCCUUACAGAUGGAAAGAUUGAUAUCAAGAAGACAGAGCCUAUAGCCAGAUUAGGCUAUUAUGAAUAUGCAUGCAUCAGGGAGACUUUCGAGAUGAAGAUACCGGGGACUAACAAGGCGUUGCUUGAUGGACUUGAGGGUAGCAGUAAGGCGAACAGGAGUUUAGAGAAAGAGAGAGGAGAGCAGGAGGUCAAGGGCCAGCUCAAGAGGGCACAGAGUGCUGGAGCUGGCGAAGAGCUCAACGCCUGA